AGUUUCGGAAACAGGAAAUAAAACAUUGAUGGUAAUCAGCCUGUGGAUGCGUUGUUAGCUGUGCCCGGAACAAUUUGGCCAUAACUUCACAUUAAUAAAAGAGGAGGGAGAACCUACGAGUCGACAACAUGUCAAGUAAAAGGGCCAAGGGGAAGAACACCAAGAAGCGUCCCCAGCGUGCCACCUCCAAUGUGUUUGCUAUGUUUGAUCAGUCUCAGAUCCAAGAGUUCAAGGAGGCUUUCAAUAUGAUCGACCAAAACAGAGACGGCUUUAUCGACAAAGAAGACCUUCACGAUAUGCUGGCCUCAUUAGGCAAGAACCCCACAGAAGAUUACCUGGAGACCAUGAUGAAUGAAGCGCCAGGCCCAAUCAACUUCACCAUGUUUCUGACCAUGUUCGGCGAGAAAUUGAACGGCACGGACCCCGAGGAUGUGAUCCGCAAUGCUUUCGCCUGUUUCGACGAAGAGGGAACGGGCAAGUGGAGGGUUUUGCAGAAAGGAUUGGGAAGCGUUUGCAUGAUUCAGGAGGAGUACCUGCGAGAGCUGCUGACCACAAUGGGCGACAGGUUUACAGACGAGGAUGUGGAUGAGCUCUUCCGCGAGGCACCGAUUGACAAAAAAGGCAACUUCAACUAUGUAGCAUUCACACGUAUUCUAAAGCACGGUGCAAAGGACAAGGACGAUUAGUCCCGGAGGUGUCGGUGCCCAAGGUUCAUUCUGUACUUUGCGUGUGUCUUUUAAUUGGUUUCCAUUUAAUUUAGAGGAACUGUAUGCUGUAGUUCGACUCAUGAUGUAAACUUCACUGUUACAUAACCUGCUGACAGUCAUUUGUUUAAGCUGCUCAUUUGACCUCUUGGUCUCCAUUCAAUCCUACUUUCAAAGCUUAUUUGCACAUGUGAUGAAACCACUACAAGGUCUGUGUAUGCUGGUAUGAAAAGACCUGGAUGAAUAAAGCUGGAAAUAAUCUUCUACUUAUUGUGAUGUACUCAGUCAUAUUUUGUGGAAAACAAAAGAGUUUUAAGAUUAAAUUUCGUUCUGA